CAACCUCACAUCUGAGGUUGUUGUAAGGGAGAUGUCGUUGACUCUUCAAGACUCAGCUCACCUGGAACUUCUGGAAAGCCUUCUCAGAAGCCCUGUGGAGAAAACAUUGCUCCUUCUUUCGUGGUGUGGCGAGCUCUCCGUGGAGGAAGCGCAGGACCCUUUCCUGGUGAGCAUCCACAUAAUCGCAGACCCAGGGCAGUCGCAGCCCCUGCAGGAGGCCAUCGACAAGGUCUUGGCUUGGAUCCACCCGGACCUGCGGCUGUUCAGGGUCUCCGAGAGGAGGGCGCCCCGGCGGCGGAGGAAGGCCCCGAAGGCGGCGCAGCCGGCGCUGGCGGUGGUGCUGUUCCUGCAGGAGGAGUACGGCGAGGAGCAGAUCCUGCAGCUGCACCGCAUGCUGCAGCGGCCGCCCUGGCGCCACCACCACACGGAGCGCGUGCCCGGCCGGUUCCUGCCCUACCUGCCCUGCAGCCAGGACUUCUUCACGCUGGCGCCCGGGACGCCGCUGUGGGCCAUCCGGCCGGUGCACUACGGCAGGGAGAUCGUGCGCUUCACCAUCUACUGUCGCCAUGACAACUACGCCGACAUCCUCAAGUUCUACGAGCUCAUCCUCAGGCGGAGUCCCAGCCAGAGGAAAACGGACUUCUGCAUCUUCCCCGUUUUCUCCAAUCUGGAUGUGGACAUCCAGUUCUCUCUGAAAAGACUGCCCUGUGACCAGGCCCCGGUCCCCACCGACUCCUCCGUGCUGGAGUUCCGAGUCAAGGACAUCGGCGAGCUGGUGCCUCUCUUGCCCAACCCCUGCAGCCCCAUCAGUGAGGGCCGCUGGCAGACGGAGGACCACGAUGGGAACAAGAUCCUUCUGCAGGCACAGCGGAUGCACAGAAAGUGUCCUAAACCCAGCAGAGCUCACCACGCCUCCGAGCAGAAACCUGGUUCCACGCUGUCCCCAAGCGCCACGGCCCCGAGCCAGACCCCUGGCAGCAACCCGCAGCCCCCGCCAGACACCUCACACCCGGGGCUCCGCCAGACCAGCCUGCCCACUGGGCACACGCAGGAAUUUGCCAGACGAGCCAGCAGCCCUCCCAGCCUCCCCUGGUCUUUCCAGAGAAGCAAGUCCUUGUUCUGUUUGCCCACAGGAGACCCCUCCCCGGCCUCAUCUGCGCAACCACAGUGGUUUUCAAAGCCAGGCGGCCCGGGGCAGAGGGCAGCGGAGCAGAGGCACGGCCACCCCAUCGAUGACUUAGAGGGGGCCCAGGAGACAGACGUGGACACCGGGCUGCGGCUCUCCUCCUCCGACCUGUCUGUAGUCUCUGCCUACUCUGCACCCAGCAGGUUCUGCAGCCCCGCAGAAACCCCUCUCCCCCUGGAAAGAUGCAACAGCCUCUGGUCAGAGCACAGGGGUUCCAGAGAGGGACCCCUGCCCACUGGGGGCGGGGUGGCCACAGACACCUCCUGGGCUGCCCUCCGUUUCCUCACCAAAGGGCCUUCCAGCUCCUCAGCCGCUCCCCCCACUUCUGAUGCCUCCUCGCCCACAGAGUCACCCCCGGAGCGCCCUCAUGAUACUCCUGACGCCCAGCAGACUCUCAGAGGCGCCCCGCCACCUCCAGCGCCGGGCCGCCCCGGGGACAAUGAUGCAGAGGAAUUCUACAUCUGAACACUCUCUACCCUUGUCUCAGACCCACAGCCUCAGGUUCCCCCUGAUCCUCCAGGGUCUAAGCGCCGCCCGUGUUCUCAGCCCCGCUUUCCCAGGUCCCUCCAGAAUCUAAUUGUCUCACGGGGUCGUUAGCACAUUUGACACCAUCUGUCCCUACUUGAGAGGUGGUACACUUCUCGGGACUUGGUGGAAAACUACUGGGAUUUUUAUGCAAAUAAAUUCUCCACAAACGUAAGUCAUAAAAUAUAUUUUUUGAAUACUCAAUUCCAUUUGGGAUUGGGUUUAGCACACUUAUUUAAAUGCUUCCUAUAAUUGUUUGAAAUGAAAAGAAAACCUAGUCAGCUGGAGCUGAUUUGGCAGUUUUUCAUGCUGUGAAGGAUAAACAACGCCAAAAUGUUGAUGUGAGAAAGAUACCACGUGACUGACUUGUGUAAGAUUAGUGCACAGUAACUUCAUGCCCACCUUACUGGAGUGUCCAUCUGUAUCCACCUGACCAGGGAGCAGUGGCCCUGAAAAUUUCCAGGGACUGUUACAGUGAAAGGAGUCAGCUUGAUAAAACAGUAAACAUAUCAGACUAUAGUCAUACCUCACUUUGAUGCCACGUGACGUCGGAUCUGGAUUUAUGCAAAAGUGGCUAAUGUGCUUGGUAAAGAUUUAGCCCGCGUAACAGACUCUUGGUGCAUUUAAAAUGAUUCGAGUUUCAAAAACUAAAUUUGCCAACACCUAUCAACAACGCAUUCACUAUAACAAAUGGAGGUCAACAGAAGACUCCACUGCCUGGAUUUCUUUGGAUCACUGAGGAAGAAUCGUUCAUUGGAGUUACAGACUAGUAGGAUAUUAGACAUAGUAUGCUUAAGAUGCUUCCAUUUUUAAAACCACAAUCCUAAGGGCUGUACAUAUAUAUCUAUAUAAGUGACUGGAGCCACAUUUUAUACUGCUUUCUCCAGGAAACAUGCAUCGUCACACAUCCUUUUUCAUUUUUAAAUAACUCCUAGCAGUUUCAACUGGCAUUUUGAUUGCACCGAUUGAUAAAUGACCCCCCCUUCUCCAAACGGGAAGCUUUACACGAAAUGCUGUCCUGAACCAGCAAUGCUGCCUGAGUGGAUAGGCGCCUUCACUAAAGCUGGACUCCAGCCUGACCUUGGCUUUUCCUGCCUGCUUCUGUUGCAACACGUACAGCACCUAAAUCUCACCUCUCUCCCACUCCAGUAAGGGUAUGUUUACAAUUCCAACCUCAGCAGUGCCAAGUGCUGGCAUUGGAGACAGCAUCGAGCUGUCCCUGGUUGCUGAACACCUUUGGGGAAGAAGAGCGUGGGCUCGCCUCGCUCACUUCCCACUCUGGUGCUCCUUGCCAGAAUUAUUCAUGGCCCAUUUUACACUGCCCUGGAAGCGCCCACACCAGCCCUGACCCAGCUUCAGAAUUCUCCAACACAACCCUCCAGGCAGCCGUGACCAGUCAUCAAACUUGAGUUGAAGCCUCAAGUCUUUGACGUCCCUGUAAUGAGGACUUUACAGUCUACUCCAAACAUUCUGGAUUUUCUAGGACUCCGAAUGACAAUAUUCUGCUCUGACUUCAGUCUUUUAUAAUUCUAGACCAAGAAUGAGCAAACUUUUUUUUAAAGGGCUAGAGAGUAAAUAUUUUUGACUUUGCCAGCCAUAUGGUCUCUGUCCCAACCACUCAGCUUUGUCAAUUACAUCGUGAAAGCAGUCACGGAUGAUAUGUAAAUGAAUGGGAGUGGCUGAGUUUCAAGAAAAUUUAAUAUACAAGAACAGGUGGACGGUCAGAUUUGGCCCAAGAGUCCUAGUUUGUUAACCUCAUGCUCGACUGGGAUUGAUCUGAGAUCUCAGCCACAGUCAACGGUAAAGGAUGGAGGUCUGCAGCCCUCUGCUGCUGCCCGAGACCUCGAAAAUGUGCUCCUGGGGCCACAUUGGUGAUGACAGAACCACAGGGCUCAGGGCAGUGUGGGGCUUCUUUCUGCAGAGAUGGUUUCUAGAAAGCCAGUGGCUGGCCACCCUCUGCUCGGAAAUGUGACUCACAGCCAGUAUCUGAUAACUCAGAGCAACAUGCUAAUCAGAGAUGUUUGCACAGCCCCCAAGGAGCAGAGGCAAGCUCAGGAGUUGCACAAGCCACUGCGAGGACCAACAGCCAAGUGGAUGGCUCCUCCCAUCUUCACCCUUCAUCAGGACCCUUAUUAGUUCAGUACAUUCACACGCACCCCCUACAGAUACUUCAGAGCCCAACUCUGAUGCGCUCUGGUCCACCUUUUCUCACUGAACAGCCCAGCCCCCACCCUCCCCCGCAUCCAGCAGUCUAUCCUACCAAACUGAGUGACCCCUUUCCAAAGCAGAAAAUGCAAGAUGUCCCUAUAACACAAGGGGAGGAGGAGAGGGAAGCCCACUACAGACCCCGUUCAGGCGCUCCCCUCUGUGCUGUGGUCAGAGGCGGCAGUCAGUCCAUAGAGGAGUCACAGAGACACUACAGACAGGGCAUAGCUCUCUUUUCUGACCUACUGCUAGCAUUGUCCUCAUCCAGGAGAGCUCCCGACACCCACUGGCAGAUCCUGACUCCCUUGGAUUAUUAUCAUUUGAUAGACACUGGCAAACUGUAGGUGCUCAAUAAAUUUGUUCAAUAAAAAAA